GUGACGCAGCGGCGCCACCGCGCCACGAUCGGAGACCGAAACCUCUCCCUUGCUCCCGCCCGGCUGCCGCAGCCGACCCGCACGUACACCGCCUCCACCUCCACGCGGCUCAUGCUCCGCCGCCUCGCCCGCGCCCGCGCGCUCCACCGCCUCAUCCGCCCCGCAUCCAGCGCUGUCUCCACCGCCCCCGCCCCCGCGCCCGCGCCCGCACCCACUCCCACCGCCACCACUCCACCCGCCGCGCCGCCGCUCUCGGCCGCGGACCUCGAGCUCCUCCUCCGCCGCGAGCACUACUCCGCCUCCACCCACCGCUUCCACUCCCUCCUCCCGCUCCUCUCGCACCCCUCCGUCCUCCUCGCCUCCGCGCUCCACCUCAGCCGCCGCGCGCACCCCUCCCUCCCCACCCCGCCCCAACCCCCACCCACCACCGUCGCCGCGGCCGCGGCCGCCGCCGCCGCGCUCGCCUCCCCCUCCUCCCACCUCCGCCUCCUCCUCCCGUCCCGCCUCAAGGGCCAGCCGCUCCCAUUCCCCACGCUCCCGCUGCGCCUCGCCAUGCGCUGCGCCGCGUCCGCCCUCGACGCCGUGUUCGCCCCGCGCGCGGCCACCUUCGCCUACCGCGGCCGCCACGCCGCCGUCCGGUACCUCAGGUCCAUCCCCAGCGCGUCCUGGUUCUUCCGCGUCGCCAUCCCGCGCCAGCGCUUCGGCCCCCGCCACGUGCGCCGCCUGCUCGACGCCAUCUCCGGUAAGGUCGAUGAUCCCGGUUUCCUGGAGUACCUGAACGAGCUGUUCGUGUCUGAUGCGGUCGCGUUUGAGCUCGGCGGCUGCGAGCUCGGACGCGGGCUGCCACAGGAGUCGGAGCUCACGGCCACGCUGGUGAAAAUAUUCUUCGAUCCUGUGGAUAGAGAGUUGAUGGCGGUCAGGGAGGAAGUGCACAAAAAGAAUCCUAGAAUGAAGGAUGACAGUGUUCUGCAUACACCUGUAAGAGUCUAUGCAGUUCGGUACCUCGAUGAUAUUUUGGUUGUGACGUCUGGGUCGAAGAUGCUCACAAUUGAGAUCAGGGACAGGAUCAUUGCAGUGUUGGAGAGGGAUUUGGAGGUGAAGGUGGACAGGUUGGGCAGCUCCAUCCACAGUGCUGUGUCAGAGAAGAUUGAGUUCCUCGGGAUAGAAUUCCAAGCUGUGCCACCAUCAGUCUUGCACCCACCCAUGUCAGAGAAAGCGAAGAGGGCAAGGAAGAAGUAUCUGAAGAUGAAGGCAGAAAAGGCGCAGGAGUUGAAAAAUGCACGGGAGACACGGCGGAAGAAGCUUGGCUUGAAGAUACUGAACCACUUGUUCAAGAGAGUGAGGCGGGGUGAGGAGUUUCAAUUUGAUUUUCAGAUUGAGAAUGAGGUGCGGCAAGUGUUCAAGGAUUGGGCAGAGGAGACAGCGGCUGAAUACUUCAAGUCACAGGAGCAUUGCCAGUAUUGGCACCGACUGCUUACAUCAGGUGACUUCUUGUCACUGACCAGGGUGAGAGUUCAAUUGCCGCCUGCUCUCGUGGAUUCAUAUGACAAAUUUCAGGGGACACUUGACAGGUUUUUGAUGCCUAAGAGGGGCCAUGACAUGGCAGAAGAAGAGGAGAGGCUAGCAGAGGAGGAGGAAGAGAAAGAAUACGAGAAGAGGACUGUUGAGGACUUGACAGACUUGAAGAUAAGGGCUAAUGUGCCAGUAGAGCUUGUAAGGAAGGCAGUAAAGCUAGCUGGAUUCACAAACUCCAUGGGUCGGCCACGGCCAAUCAAGCUACUUCUCUGUUUGGAUGAUGCAGACAUCAUCAAAUGGUAUGCCGGUGUGGGAAGAAGGUGGCUAGAUUUUUUCUGCUGCUGUCGGAACUUCAAGAUGGUCAAGACUGUUGUCAGUUACCACUUGAGGUUCUCCUGCUUCUUGACUUUAGCAGAGAAGCAUGAGUGCACUAAGAGGCAAGCAAUUAGCCAUUUCACAAAGGAUUUAAAAGUAGAAAAUGAUGAUGGAGUGGCAGAAGUGCACUUCCCAACGGAACGGGAGAUCAAAAUGAUGGGUGAUAAGAAUUUGUCUGACCCAAAGCCGGUGGAUGGUGCCUUGACAAUGAUAUUGGUGAGACUGGCAGUCGAUGACACGUCAUAUCCAUGCCUGGCACAUUUUUGUGCAAAAACAGACACUGUGCUUUACAGAAUACGUUUGCUGCAAAAUCGCCUUAAUAUUGAUCCAUUGAAUGAGAAUAAGUGGGUCCAUGGACUAAGUGCCAUUCAUGAGAGCCUGAACAAGAAAUGCCUCCCCUUGUGCUCUAUGCAUUCGAGUGAUCUUCUUCUCGGCAAGAUUACUCUUCAAGAUAUUGACUGUACUCAAUUUGUUGAUGUGGAAUGAGAAAAAGGAGUACUCCUCUUGCAGAUUGUAGCUCAUUCAGUAUUGCAGGUUGUGCCCAGUGCAUCAGACAUUGCUUUUAUUUUACAUGAUAGAAGAUAUAUUUCUUUUUUGUUUCCAGGGGACUGCAAUUUUGCAAGUGUUUAAAUUGCAGUGUGCAGGACUAAGAACGAACUACAUAUCAAUAUACUCAGCUCAGGUACUUCUUCCAUUCAACUGGAGUUAUGUUCCAAAUCGGUGACUAAGUUCCUGUGCCUGUUCUUUAAUUAUUUAUACACAUUGCAAAAAUAUUCAUUUGUCAAGUAGCCUUAAACUUCCUCAGUCGUUUCGAUAGUCUUUACUUCUGAAUAAUUGUUUGUUGUUAUUAGACAUUGUUGUAGCUUCCUUGUGAAUCAACAGGGUACAUCCCAAUUCCCAAGAUGUGACCCAUUCAGCCCAUGGGCCUCUGGGCCACAUCAAAUUGUUUCCGUAAUCGGUCUUCCGUGAAAUUGUAAUAUUUUGUUUUCACCCUACUUUGAUGAAAACCGGUCCAAAGUUCAUUAGGUUUUCUCUCUGUUAUUUUUUAUUUGAUGUUUCUGACUUUACAAUGUUGCCAAAAUGAUUUUUGUAGCCAAUAAUUUGUAUUAACAUCUAUUUGUAAAAUUUUUAGGGAGUCAUAUUAUUAAAGGUAUUUUGUGAACCUUUGUGUGGCUGGCAAUUAGCAAACCUUUGUGUGGCUGGCAAUUAGGAACCGUUGUUGGACGGCGGAUCGUUUGCAAAAAAGGGGACUGUCUCACCCGGAGCGCUGCCCUCUUUGUGACCAAGAGGAAGAAACGGCCCAACACAUUCUCACUUCUUGUGUGUGCUGUUAUUACAACCUCUUAACUUGAUAAAGCUAACUCCUACGAGAUCUGUGACCUUUGCUGAUUGGUGGAUGCGAGCAGAGAAGAAACUACUGAAGCAACAUAGGAAGGGCUUCAAUACCUACUGUAUCUUGGGAGCCUGGACCCUUUGGAAACAUAGGAAUGCUUGUGUUUUUGAAGGUGCACCUCCAGAUCUACAGGCAGCAGUCCAAGCUUUCAAAGAUGACGCUAACCUAUGGAAGUUUGCAGGGGCUAAAGGGCUCUACUCCCUUUGCCUUGAGUUGGGAGAAAACCGAGUCUAGGUUCCUGGGUUCCCUUGGUCUGGUCCUUUGUUUUAGUUAUCUUGUUAUAGCUCUUUUAGAUCUUUGCUCGGCUUUUCUCAUUUCUGGUUCAAGAUUAGAUUUGCUUCUUUUGUAUUUGGACCGCUCAUUUUUCUCUUUUUUUUUUUUGACUUGCAAUGGGUAGCUUUUUAUUAGCUCAAAGAUCAUUACAUAGAGUAUACCAGAGAAACUCUGGUGGUACAUGAAACCAAGACUUUUCAACUAGUUGAUCAGCAGAUCGUGCCAACACAUGUGCUACCUCAUUACAACAUCUACUAAUAUGAACAAAAGAGAGAGCAACAGUAGGAAUACAUGCCAUCUUCUUGAUGUCCUCAACAAUGAUCCCUGUAUUGGAUCGAUCCAAAGUUUUGAAAUGAAGCUUCUGGACCAAUGAUAGGCAAUCAGAUGCAAUUAUGGCACGUUUAUAAUUGAGUCCCAAAGCAAAGGUUACAGCUUGCCUGAAAGCAAAAGCCUCUGCAAGUUCUGGCUCAAUGAUCCUGUCCAAACCCUGUCUGUAAGCAGCCAGGAACUCACUUUUGUGAUUUCUGAUUACAAUACCCAUCCCCAUGCGAUUAGCCCUUUGGAACACUGCUGCGUCAACAUUUACCAUCACCCAUCCUUCCGGCGGUGGAUCCCAUUUUUUACGCCUAGGAGAAUCACACCUGUUGGACGGAACAGGCUUAAACAUAUGCAGCAGCACCAUAUCGACAUAUGCUAAAAUCUUUUCAACUAUGCAAUGAGGAUGUACUUCAUUCUUACCAUUCCGCACCGCAUUUCUAGACUCCCAAAGAUGCAGCUCUCCUGCAUGUUCGAUAAAAAAUAUUAUUAAAGGUAUUUUGAACAACAGAGUAAUAUAGAUUGUGCUAAUCUGUAUAGUUUUGGACAUAUCAUAGGUCAAACAUCAAAGCUUAGAUGGUUUAUUAUCAGUUGGUGUCUUAACUUUCUCUGCAGAUUAUUGUUCCUAGCAGUAUAGUCACUAGCAGUAUAGUCACUGCAGGUAAAGGUUUACGAUAACACAGCUCAAUACAAGAAUGGAAUAUUUUGAGAAACCAGCUGUAGUGGCAUUAGAUGAUGAUUAUGCAUUUGGCAUCCCUCAUGCUUGGUGAGUUACCCCAAGAGUAACUUGAACUCAGAUACCCACUUGCUCGUGCAAAACUUUUGUGCAGCGUCCCUACAAUAUGGCAUUAUGCAUUUCUUUUCCAUCUGUUAUGACUUAUGAGAGUGUUGGUGUACUUCAAAUCCUGUUAAGACAUAUUGUUGUGCCUAUUGCUUUUGCUCCUACAAUUAGCAAUAAGGAUGUUGAUGUGAGGAGGUAAGUCAUAUAACCUCUGGGUGCUUAUGCAAGUUUAUUAUUGCAGUAGACAUGCCCCCAGACAAUUUCAAUCAUCUCAAAACAAUUCAUUCACAAUUGAAGGGUCUAUCUUAUCUGCCCAGCUGGCUUCGUGAUUUCCAAGUAUUGUAGCAGUGAUUGUGAUGGGCAGGUAAGAUUACCGAGUUGUCAUGUUAUUUUCUGUUCCUGUUAUAAGUAUAAUGAAUAAAUCUUUAAAAUUGGCAUCCACAUCAGCACCAAGCAGUUUGAUCUUAGGCUCUUAGCUGGAUGAUGAAGGGGACACUAUUAUUGAUAUUAUGUAGCUUGAAAGAAACUUGCUAUCUUCACCUAGUGUUCCUAUUAUCAUCCUUUCAAUCAUGUUGAAAAUCAUUUGUGCAGGUCCUGUCUGCUUGUCUCCUGGACUAAUUAUUAGUUGGGAAUGGCAUAUUUAUACUGUAGAAAUUCGUGGCAUUGCCAUUUUCUGAAUUCCAGAUAAAUAUUUAAUGGAAUGUUGUUUCUAUGGAAAUACUGGAUAUAAACGGUCUACAAAUUCUGGUGUUUUUAUGUGGAUGAUGAAUGGGAUUUACUCAGUAGUUAGUGCAUGUGUUCAUCGUACAACUAUGGCAUAGGAUAAAUAUGAACCAGUGUUCCCUUAUUGUGCACUAGUUGGUUUUGAUAUUGAGUGCAUAAGGAUUCCAAUAGCCCCAACCAAUUCUAUAUCUUUGUAGUCUAGAUGCAUUAUAAUACCCAACUGCUGGAAUCCAUGGUCAAAGUGGUUCCUGCUUCUCCCUCACAUCCCUGUGUGUUUGCAUGCUGAACGGAAAGCCAUUUGUGAUGAUUUCCCUUGUCUACAAUGUUACGUGGUCCUCUUGACAUCAUAGCUUCCCAAGUGCAUUCCAUUAUCUCCUUGUCGUGGCAGAAGUUGCCAACAACCAUAUGCAUGCAUAACACUUGCUCCAGACAGAGAUGCAAUUUGCUACAUCAUGCAUGUGGCACCUACCGAACUGUUUUUGUUUGUGGUGCUGCAUCAUGUAUUAGCAACAGGAUACACUGGCCCCCCUGAGAGACUUCUGAUACCCCUCAUUUUAGACGCAUGAGAAAGGGAGGUCGGGUCCCUGGAAUUGAGAACAGUGUAUUCACUUGCACCGUGAGGCAGCAGCCAAGAUUACAUGAUUGCUCUUAUGUGCAGGGCUCCUUGGUCCACCAGGGUGACAGUGCCUCCAUGCCAUCCACGCGGACAGCGGAGGAACGGUGGCUCCCAUAGUGCAGCCGCAUCGUCACUUCAAAUCCACAGCACCUCGAGCAGAGGCAUGCACAUUGUGCCUGCAAAGUGGAGAUCACAUCAUCACCUAGUGCAAAGAUCAAAGAUCGGAAAAUGGCUAAUUUGAACAGUACCAAUCAGCAGGGCAAUAAUUGAUGGCCCCAAGUCUGUCAUGCAGUGUUCUGCAGAUCUGUACGUGCUUAUGAGGUAAAGCUUUGGGGUCGUCGCUUAUACACUGCAUAACUGUAAGCACCGGAAUGGGCAUGAACAGCACCAGAUCCAGAAAGGAACUGUAUGGAAGUCAAACUGUUCUCAGCAGUCUAAACUAAGGGUCGCUGCCGAAUCUUAUCCGGUUACCAUGUUCUUCCCACAGCCAGUCGCUGACUGUACACGCUCAUGUGAUCCAUCUACUCUACAGCCGGCACGGCACGCACCUUGCAGCUUUGGCGCUGCUGCUGAAACUGAAAGGCUGAGGAAUAAGAAACAUUGUGGGGGCUCGGCGUUUCACACCACGGUGGCCAUUGGAAGACGGUGCCGGAACGAGUAAAAGAAUGCCCCACUUGUCAAUGCCCCACUCGGGACUGCAUCUCUACAGGAUCAUUCAGGAUCCUGGAGCGAUUUGGGCGGAGCACGUGAAGCUCGUCGCGUGACCCCACGCGCGGUACAGCCUGAGCUGAGCUGAAGCUGAGCCAGUCCAUGUCCAUCCGCCCAAAGCUCCCGGACCUCCCAACAACCGAGAGACACGUCAUGCGUCCCAACUGCCAAAUCACAGGUGGAACCAGAUCAAAACCACAGGCAGGCUCAAACCGUAAGUAAACCGGCUCUUCCAAUCACUGCUACUCAACUUUGUUGUCGGCUGAAUUACGAGGGAGUUUACACACAUGGAACUACUUUUGUCGGCACAUGGUUUUGACCUUUGAUUUACACGCAUAAGUGCACUUUUGCUAACAAUUCUACGCAAAAGCUUUUGUGCUGUA